AUGUUCGGCUGGGGUGAAUCUUCAGACGCCUACCAACAGGUCUACAACGACGACCACCAGAGCUCCCUCUCUCACGAGGUCCUCGCCGGUGGUGCCUCGUUCGCUGCCAUGCACGCCUUCGAGGAGAGACAGCGCAAGGAGGGCAAGCCUGUCAACCACGAGUUCGCCAAGGAGCUCAUCGCCUCGUUCGCCGGUGCUGAGGUCGACAAGCUCUGCGAGACCAAGGGUCUUGACUACGUCGACAGAGAGAAAGCCAAGCACCAGGCCAAGAAGAACGCUGAGCAGCUCUACGACCAGCAGGUAUGUGGAUCUGACCUUCCUUUCAUCAGAUCAGUCUCUAACCGUAAUGACNAGUACGGUCAGUACGACCAGUACGACCCCAACCAGUACGGUCCCCCCGACCACCUCCAGCAGCAGUUCGGUGGUUACGACAACUACUAA